AUGAAUUCUUAAAAAGUUAGAAAUGGUCCUAAUUUUCUAUAAUAAGUCAACAAGAAAAAACAUGUAGAUUGUGCUUUGAGUUCAAACUCAGAAUCAUCAGAUGAUGAAGUUGAUGAAAUUGUUGCCAUUAAAAAAGAUGUACAAAAACAAGUAAUAAUAAUUAAUAUUUUAGAGAUUCUCAGUUUCUGCUGAAGCUUAUGGAUAAUUUAAUAAGAAGGAGAAUUUUAAAGCAAAAUAUAUUCCUAAAAAUAAGGAAUAAUCUGAUCGAAUUAAAUAAAGAAUGCAAGCAGGAUUCAUGUUUAGUGCAUUAAAUGAUAAAGAAAUAGAAAUUGUUGUUGGAGCAAUGGAAGAAAAGAUCUUUCAUAAAACAGAAUAUGUAAUUAAAUAAGGAGAGGAAGGAAAUGUUCUUUAUGUUGUUGAUACAGGAGAAUUAGAUUGUUUUAAGAAUUAUGGCAAAGGUGAUAUUUUUCUUAAGACAUAUUAUCCUGGAGAAAGCUUUGGUGAACUAGCAUUAUUAUUUCAAUCUCCAAGAGUAUUUAACUUUAUUAAAUUUAUAGGCUGCUUCAAUCAAAGUUAAAAGUGAUAAAGCUAUUCUCUGGUAAUUAGAUAGAGAAACUUUCAAUUUAAUUGUAAAGGAAGCUUCUAUCAAAAAGAGACAAUAAUUCGAAACGUAAACUUCAUAUCGUUAAUUCAAGAUUUCUUGAAAAUUGGGAUUUAUUAAAAGAAAUUAAAGAUCCUUAUGAUAAAUUAAAAAUGAGUGAUGCAUUAUUUGAAAAAUAAUUUAAAAAAGGGGAUGUUAUUCUUUAAUAAGGAUAAAAAAGCAAUGAAAUAUUUAUUUUAGAAUAAGGAAGAGUGGGAGUUAAUAAAAAUAAUUGUAAAAUCGUGUUUUUUAUUUUAGAAAAAAUAUUUGAACUGAACAAACUUGGUGAAUAUUUUGGGGAUCAAAGUAUUGUGGCUGGUACAGUUGAAACAUUUAGUUAUGUGGCAGAAGAAGACAUAAAAUUAAUGUACAUUCCAAAAAAAAGUUACUCAUCAACUCUCAAAGAAAUCUAGGGUACUUUGAUGAACAAUAUUCAAACAAAGUAUGUUAAAUAUUUAUGA